AUGGAGAGUGCUCAACUUCGUAUGGAGCGGAUGCUCCCUGAGCUCAGAGAUUUGGAGCAAAAGAAAACGUUUACCAAAACAGAGAUUUCUGCUAUCGUCACUCAGCGCAACUACUACGAAGCUUUGAUUGCUAGACCGAAACAACCGGAGUGCUAUUUAAAGUACAUCGAGUAUGAGAAACGCUUGGAAAAGCUGCGCAGGCUGAGAGUUGGAAAAUACGGGCAUGCGAAAGGACGAACAACCUUGUCUGAUUAUUCGAUUCCACUGCACAUCCUCAACUUGUACUCUGCGGCGGCGAAGAGAUUUCCGGAAUCAUUAGAGCUUUGGACAUCAUAUAUUGCCUACUCUCUCACUCAAGCGUCCAACAAACUAGUCAGUCGGGUGCUCUCUGCUGCCAUCGCAGCCCAUCCGUCGCACUCGGAAUUCUGGGUGAUGGCAGCCCGAUUCGAAGCUGAUGGUGAUGAAACUGGCAAAGGGGGCGGGAAUGUAGAUGGAGCUCGUAAACUGCUGAUGAGAGGGCUCAGGUUCUUCAAAGAUGCAAGCUCAUUACCUUUGUGGAUUGAAUGGAUCCGGAUCGAACUCAAUUUUAUUCAAACCAUGGAGAAACGUCGCGAGGCUUUUGGACUGCUAGAUUCCCACUCAAAGUCAAACGAUCCUAGCCACUCUUCCCAGCCUGAAGAAACUGGACAUGUUCAUGAAGCCCUUCAAACAACAGUGGACCUUCGCCAACUUCCCGAAGACCCUGAUACCCCUAUGACUCCACUUGAUCGCGAGGUGGACUCCACAGGACUAAAAGGUCAAGAGGCUCUUAUUUCUGGCGCUCUUGUCAAGGUCGUCCUUCAGAAUGCAUUCGAAGCUAUUCCCGGUCUCGACAUCUUCUACGCUACUCUUCCACUGUUGUGCGCAUUUGAAUCACCUCUAAGACCUGCGCUCAUACACUUCCUCUAUCGCAAGAUUUCAGAGAUGUACCCCGAUUCGCCCAAGGCACUCGUAAUGUUGACAACGAGACCACUUUUCAAGUAUUCCACAUCCGGUAAAAUACUGGCCGUCUCCGGAGAAGAGUUGGUAGAUCUUCUAGGCGCUACGAUUCUUCAACUUCAACAACUAUGCAAGGAUAAAUCAAGUUUGACAUCGCUGCCGGAAGAGUUUUUGGUAUUCCUGAUAGAAAUGCACACCAUUCUGAACGAAGUGGAAUUGCGAGAAUAUGUGGCAGCCGUCAUUCGGAAGACAGUCUCAUUAGCCAUCAAAAAGAAAACAGACACAGCCAAUCUAUAUCGGCUUGUCCUUUCGCAUUACGAAACCACUGCUGCAAUCAGCGAUGGCCUACAGCUUGCCAAGACAGCAACUCAGCGAUUUCCGGAUUGUUUGGAUUUAUGGGAGAGUCGCUUGGCUCUACUAGUCAAAACUCAAGAAGAUAGCCCAACGACUCUUGAGGUUUUUCAAGAGGCUAUCCAGCGUUUCCCAGGCUCAAUCCGACUCGCAGAGCAAUACACCCAACUGCUCAAGCAACGGCAUGGCAAGAACAUCAUGAGCGAUGAAGAGCUGUGGACUAGUGUUGAGAAACAGCUGGAUAUCACCCUGAGAACAUGUCCCCCGAAACAGGACGAAUCUCGCCAAACAGCUCGACAUCCACCAUCGAACGUUGCUGAAGUAUACCAGCGCACAUUGGCCGAGUUCUCAGGCAGGAUGACAUUAAAGGAGUUCUCGAAAUACUUGUCCAACAAAUCGGUCGUUUCGCUGAAUUUCCUGAGUUGGCUUCUGGACUCCAAAUCAGACCAAGCAGAUCUCAGGGCGCUCGAAGAUCUGCACGGCUUGGUGACUAGCCAUCCUCAUGCGCAGCUCGACCACUGGGCUGACCAUCUGAGCUUUCUCUUGACCAGGAAGAAGGACUGUCAUGGGGCGAGCCAGCUUUUGGCUAAGGCUAAGAAAGCCCUCGGACGUCAAGCCUCGGAACAGCUCGAGGAAAAAUGGAUGCAGUUCAAUUCUUCUAUCUCUGCUUCUGAUCCUUCCCAUGUCCAGCAAUAG